ACAAUGGUGGACUUGUGUCAGUCCGAAGUUUGUUUCCUCAAAUUCCUGACUGAAAAGAUCGCCCAACUUUCGCCUGAACGGCCCCUUCUCGUCAGAUUUCACCAUAAUAUCAAAUAUUCAUAAUCUCUACAUUUCAGAGGUUGGCCCCAUGGAUGACUCCCCCCCAACCUGCAGCAGUUCCACUGCCAGAGAGGAGGAACGUCUGGAGAAGGUCCUCCGGGAGGGAACCUUCCGAGACUCCCUAGUGAUGGCCAAGGUGAUCGACACCCAUCCAUCAAGUGACAGCGACAGUGAUGAGGCAACUCCUGCCUCCAACAACAGAGCUCGGCGUGAAGGCAAUAGGCCACAACGUGAGCAAAACGACAACACUGAUGAAAAACCAAGAUUAUCGGGAUCUGCAGACAGUCAGAAGACAUCUGAUGAAGGAGACAAGGUGGUGACGAGUGACCGAGAUAGAUCAGAAGGGGAUGCUUCUGUUGGAAAGAGAUGUUCAGAGGACACAGACAGGACAAGCAAAAAUCCGAAGGGGAUCCAAACGUAUCAUCAUCUGAAGCCUCGACAUCGGGAGAAGCAAUCCCAGUGAGUGAAGUCUCGCAGGAAGACAAGAAGGCUGAAAAAGCGGGAGGUCUGAAACAAGGGUCUCCUUCUAGUGGUGAGAGCGAGUCUUCUGUGGGCUCCAGCUCAGAGUCGGGUUCAGAGUCAGACCACAACAGGAGUAAUGACGGCGCUAACGGUGCAGGCCCAGACGACCGCAACCAAGUCUUCAUCACCAUCGAGACACCCCUCUUUGUGAGGAGCCACUACGUGUAUCUGCCGAAGAAGAAGAAGACAGAAGAUGCCGACAAGGAGGAGGAUAAGGAUGACUCUGAUGCUGGUCCCAGCACGGCUGAUCCUUCUGUAGGUAAGCAGGAAGAUGCAGGACCCUCUAAGAGGAAGUACUCAUCAGAUUCUGAGUCUGAAUCAGAAGGCAAGACGCCUCCAUCCUACAAACGACAGAAGAGAGAAUCAGAUUCAGAAGAAAUAUCAGCUGCAGAGAGAUUGCAAAGAGGUUUCAGAGCUGUUUCUGAAAAUGUGGUUAAACGUAAAGAUCCUGACUAUGACGAUAAGGAAAGAACUGUCGAUCAAAAAAAUGGUAGGAGUGAAACUAAGACUGAAAGCGAGAAAGAACGUAUCCAAAGACCCUCUGGUUAUAACGUUGAUAACAUGGAGGAACAGAAAGAUUCAUCAAAAGCGGCAACUUUGAAACGUCCCUUAGAAGAUGACGACAGCAGGCAAGAAUCCCCAAAGAGGAGACGACAAAGCUCUGAUCCUAACGCUGGUCACCAUCGGCUGAAGCUACAUGUAAGGAGGGGUCUGAAACAGAAACAUCCAAAAGAACUGACAAACCAAUGUCUGGAGAAGAUGAUGACGCAAAGCCAACACCUGAUCAAGCAGAGGUGGGGGACCAGGCCAGCCCUACACCACGAAGACGCAGAUCUUUCACCGAGAGAUACUACGAAGAUGCUCCCAUCCUACCUGCUGCGCCACCUGCACCUGUCCUCCCAGCUGCAACCCCCACCACUACAGCAGGUGCAUCUAUAG